UUCGAGAUUUAUAUGCCUGUUUUGCGCAAGCGGUAUCCCGCAAAGGGUCUUCCGCAUAUAAACGAGAAUAAUCAAACCAAAAGUGACAUAACACCACAGGAAAGUGCUGGGCAAUCAACCCGAAGAACCAUGGCUGCAACUCAAGGAAGUUCCAGGCCAUCAAGGCAGCAUUGCUACCUUUGUGAUCUUCCAAGGAUGCCUUGGGCAAUGGUUUUCGAUUUUACUGAGCCGGUUUGCCGUGGCUGUGUGAACUAUGAAGGACCGGACAGGAUCGAGUCUGUUUUAGACAGCGCGCGGCAACAAAAGCACGCUCACCAGGCGUAUCGACACGGCGGAUCCUCGGCCCACGAUCACUCGGCGUCAUCAGUAAAUGGAUCACACUAUCCGCCAACGCACCAAUCAGGUAGUAGACGUUCGCCUUCACACAAAUCUGGCGUUAAAGUUGAACACAGCAACAAUCACUCUAGUGAUGUACAUCGAUUAGAUCGUUAUCACGUACCCUCUCAUGAAUCUAAAAGCGGGGUGACAUUGUAUGGACAUCAACACAACUCUAACUCAAGCAACUCCCACAAGAGUAUACUGAACGGGAUUUCCCAUUAUCAGCAGGUAAAAGACGAUGAUACUCCUGUUUCCAUUUCAAGCAGACGCGGUUCCUUACCAGUCUCUCUUGCUGGAGCUUCGACUCACGUUCUACCAAACGGUUGCAUCAUCGGCAGUCCCGGGAUCAUGCCCGGUCACCCAGGUAGAUUGUCGCUCAUUCCCGAAUACGUGAACACGUCUGUUGCGGCUAGACAUAAUAGCACCGGUCCGCUUAGUGCAAAGAUCCCAUCAGAGUCACACAGUCGUCACCACAGUGUGUCGCACUACAGCUACGCAUUGCAUGACGAAAAGGCAACGCUCGUGAGGGAGGCAGUUCACACUUUAAACCAAUGCACCCCAUUCGAAGUCCGAUUCAAAAAGGACCACGAUUUGCGUGGAAGAGUGAUCACUUUCGACGCACCCUAUAAGCCAGGUACCGAUUACGAGAUGAAAGUCUACAUCGAAUACCCUGUAGGAUCUGGAAAUGUUUACACCAGCGCAUCGGGUGUUGCGAAGCAAAUGUUUCAGGACACUCGUAAAGAUAUGGGAAAAGGAACCUUGAGUUCAGGAUUCAAGUACAUUGAGUACGAAAUGAAACACGGAUCUGGAGAUUGGCGAUUGCUAGGCGACCUCUUACCGGAUGGCACCCGCUCAUUCAGAGAACCAAUACCUCGUGAUGCACUUCCAACGCCUUUCCAGGAUCCCCUUUAUCCAGAAAUUCCCACAACCGCCACACAUCAACUAACUAGCCCCACAUAUAUGUCGAUAAAAGGAACACCGUAUUUUCCUCGUAAUAAUAAACGAAAAUUAUCUCCUGAUUCUGCUGACAAUGAUGCUCCAAGCAACAAAAUGGUUUACGAUAUGAGUGCCGUUACCUCCAGUAUCGCGAGCAGAAUAUCUCUCACACAGGCCGAUGCCUUAUCGAAACUCAUCCUACCAGGUGCUAUCAGUUACGGUAUGAUGCAACAGCAACAUGCAUUGGCAACAAGUUCAGCUUCGCCUACGUCGUUGAAAAGUUCUGCGGCUAUGCUUGUUCCUGGACGAUCGAUCACUUCGGUUCCACAAAGCAUCCAUUCGGAACCGCGAGGUCACAGCGUAAGCGAUGGCCCUCAAAGUCCAUCAUCAACUCACUCAGCUGCACCAAGCAGUCAAAGCGUGACAUCGCCGACAGAGACGAAACGAGUACCGACCAGUCCGUUGAAUGGUACUCAAGCUCACCGCACAAAUAGCAACGGUAGCAACGCCAGCGGAUCUUCUUUGUCUCAAAACCCAGACUCUUCGACGCAUCACCAUCCACUUCAGCAAGCACCAUCUGUGCCGAGCGUGACCUCACCUACUGGAGUUCACGGACCUACGCCUCCAGUGACACCAAGUGAAGUAAACAACAAUAGCAGUAACAACCGAGUUAGAGUCCGCACAUCAAGUAGUACCAGUAGCAACGAAAGCGGAGCCAAUGCCAAUCCCAAAUCUGCUAGUCCGAAACAAGCAUCCACGGUACCCACAACACCCACGUCCAGUAUGCCAUUACCUGGUACCACAACCAUUGGUGUGACAAUGCCGCCUCUCAAUUGCGCUCUUUGUCACGGACGGCUCGAAGACACACAUUUUGUGCAGUGUCCAUCACAAGGUGCUCACAAGUUUUGCUUUCCCUGCUCUAGAAGCAGUAUUAAGGACCAAACCGCUAGAGGCGGCGAAGUGUAUUGUCCAAGUGGCCUAAAAUGCCCGUUAGUCGGAUCCAACGUACCAUGGGCCUUUAUGAAAGGCGAAAUUUCCACUAUAUUGAAGGGGGAAAUAAAAGUCAAAAAAGAGGUAGAACAGGAAACAUAAACUGAAAUGUUUUCUAAAAUUGCAUCACGGUGCAAAGGACUAUUAACCUCUUGUCCUGCGAAAUGUUGCGUUGAACUGCGCCUCGUGGACGCUUUAAAGAUGUGCAGAGUGGCAUCAUGUACGUGCCAUGAUACCGAAAUUGUGCUAAAAACUAUGUGCUAUCUAUCAAUCAAUUUAUUUGCCAAGGAGCGCCAUUCGAAACUAUCAAACUUAACCAAUUCCUCAGUUUAAACCUGAUUGCAAUGUUCAACGUUUCAUGAUAGAAAUUUACUAUAAAUUUACGUCUAGAACAUGUCUUCGAGAUGAGGGUUUUAAGUAUGGCCUGUUUGAAUAAUAUAGCAGUGUGUUU